ACAUGUAUCUAUUCAUAGUGGAUAUGUAUGGACAAAACAAAAACAAUUUGGUUUUGCUGCAUUGUCAGAUGCAACAAAUCAUAUGGGGGAAGCAUGUUGGGCUUCAAUUCAAACAUUAUUAAAAGAUGUUUGA